AGCUCAUCAGGUGCAGCUCUUUAAACCUGGCAUGGGAGAGCAGGCUGAAGAAAGCUUCGCCGGCUGGAUUUCUACCUGAUAAGGACGCAGACUCCAGGAACAAAAGGCGGCAACCUUUGGUCCCACAGGCUAGGGCAGAGGAGGAGCCAGAGCUCUUGGGCUUUCUGGGAGGGAGAAGCAGAGGCAGCGCUGCAUUCCUGGCUGGGAGGCUCUCUUUGGAGGCGGGGCUGCUGGCUCAGGUAUCUUGCCAGGUGUGUUAUACCCUUUGCUCUGGGUGGUGUACAGAAGGGCAACAGGUGCAUGCAAAAGCUUCUGCUACAGCCAAUGUGUUGGUCUUCUAUGGCACUACAGAAAUUGGUUCCCCUCCUUCUAAAUUAAAGGAGCUCAAGUAAGGCAUUCCUUGUUCUCUGCAAAUGAGCAUUCAGUUCCUGUCCAUGCUGGAGGCUUCUGUGGUGUUUUUUUUUGUCCCCUCCCUCCUCCCAGGGCACUUCAGUAAAGAAAAGUAAACGAUCACAACCAGAGAAGAAAGUCCGACCCCCACGUGCAGACACACACUUUGGAGAGGGAGCUUCCCAGAAGACAAGACCUGCAGAAAAUCAGCUAAAUUUUCAAUGGGAUCAACACUGGUGAUUUUUAACGCUCUGAAGAAUUCACAGUAGGAAAUACAGCAAAGGAUCUACAUUCCAAUAUACCUAUUCCAGAACCCAUAUAUAAUUCCUUGCCUUGUAAUCCGAGGACUCUACUAGAAAAAGGAGAAGCUGGAUUCUAAAAAAAUUAAUUUAGGUUUUAAUUCCCUUGAUAUGCCAGUUUAUUUAAAGCUCUUUUCUUAACUCAUAUUCUGGAUUAUUGGCAAGUAUCAUAGCAGUGAGCAGGUAUCUAAAUAGUGAUUCAGCAGUCAUAUAAAUUCAUAUCCAAUAUGGCUAAUUUAAAUAAAUAUUGGAUCUGUUUCUGAGAUGGCUAAUACUGUAGAACAGAUAUUCUGAGAGCCACAGAAUUAUCAUAAAAGAACGUUUGGAAAACAUAAAUUCAGACGGGAGCCUAUCUACUGUGGACAUGCGAAGAGCUAGACAAGCUUUAAACUAAUUAUUUACAUGUUGCCUGUGGAUAUUGCUCAAGUAUAAUCUUGCUGGGAUUAGACAGCUAUUCUUAGUAGUAGGUUUGGAUCCUCCACUAUCUAAAAUCUGGUUUUAGAAAUUUGUCCACACUAAAGACUGACCAGGGAGAAUCAAGAAAAUAAUCUAGUUUCUGGUUUCAGUUAGGAGACAAGUCUUUAGAGGACAAAUUCAAAUAGAAAUAGCAUUUGGAUUAAUUGCUAGAUACUGGAAUUUAGACAGUUAUGAGGAUCCUGUAAUGAGGAUGCUAAUCUUAGAAUUCUAGACAAUUUAAAAAUACAAGUUUGGCCAAAUCAGCAAAUUGAAUCCCAAAACCUGAACUAUUCUUAGAGUGACUGGACUUUGUAAUACCUAGGGCUGUAGAAAUUCUAGAGUUUUUGCAAUAACUUGUAACUGUUUAAGAGGUAUUAGAAAUUUGAGUGUAACCGAGAAGUCAGGAUUUUCUUCUUUUCAUAUACCCCUUUGGAUUCAUGGAUAGCCCCAACAAUUUUUGCCGCCUUUGUGGGUCAGUGCUGCGUGGGAACCAUCGGCGAUGGCUGUUCAGUCGCAAUGGACGCAACACACGCCCUGACCUGCUCGUAGUGCUCUCGUACGUGCUCAGCCGGGAGACUCCAUGCCGUGGUGAUGGACAUGGGGAAUUCCUGUGUGGGAAAUGUGCACAGGCAUUGGUCCGAGUCUACCGCUUCGAUACCGUCAUUGCCCGGGUGCAAGCCCUGUCAAUUGACCGCCUUCAGCGUUUGCUCUCAGAAAAAGACCAGCUGGCCCGCUCCCUGCGCUUCAUCCAUGCACAGCGGUUCCCAGAUGACAGCGACUCAGUGUCAUAUGCAGGGCAAGAGAUAUCAGCGAGUAUAGCAGACUUGCCACAUGUGCGUUACCAGCGGCUCCUUCAGGAUGACAUGGCCCUCUCAGAAUAUGAGUGCUGGGCAAGUGAUGCUGACAGCAGCCAGCUGGGGACACCGUGUCGGAACCGUCGAUGCCGUAGUUGCCACGGGCUCCGAGUGGAGGACUCGGAUUAUGAGUGGGUGUGCCAAACACCGAGAAAGCUGGGUUUGUUGUCUCCUGUCUUCCCCCUCUGUCGUGACAAGUCCCAGAGCAUGCCCACAGUACACUACGCCACAUCCCAGGUCUCCAUCCGGUCUCAGAGUCUGGGGGAUGCAGAGUCCUGUUCAAUGCUGUCGUUGGAUACCUUACCAGAGUCUGAUUUGGCUUGGGAGGCUCUGAAGGCACUGAAGGACAUUAGAAGAAAGCAUCUCAGAGUGCCAGAGGGCAGCAAGAUCCCAGUGCUUGUAGGGAACGGGCACGUGUCUGCACCUCGGAGGGAGAGUCCCUCAAGAGAGGAGCUGUAUGAAGAGGUGGAGGACGAAUUUGUGCCUGUGGAGCCAAAGCUCCAAGCUCGGCAGAUACUAUGCCACGACCUCCGAGACGCAUUUGGUAACCUGAAGGCCCGUCUCGAGGCAGCUGAGGAGGAGCUAAGAUGCUUCCAGGAGAACCGGGGAGAGAACUUGAGCCAGGAGGCUGGAACUCCACCUAAGAAGGCCGUGAGUAGCCAAGAGCAGCUGAUCCAACAGCUGACAAGGAGUCUACACAGCAAGGAGGAGGUGUUACAGGACUGUCUGGUGGUCCUGCAGUCUCUGGGCUCCCUUGGAGUGCAGCCCCUCAUGUCGGAGGCCUCGGUAAAGCAGAUGGCCCAGCGCCUGAAGGAGAGAGACCAGGCUUUAGAGAAAACCCUUUCCAGUCACUUCUCAGCACUUGAAUCUCAGCAGCUGGAACUGAGGCACCUUCAGGAGGCGAUGAAGGACAAAGAUACUGACCUUGCCAGACUCAACGCAGCCCUCCGCACAGGGGAGGAGACUCUGCACGUUUUACGUGAGGUGCUGCACCAGAAAGAUCAGGAGAUCUGGCGCCUGGAACGCCUCUGUGCCUCGACCCGUGAAUCCUGGCAGCAGCGUGACCAAACGUUACUCCUGGCCUUGAAGGAGAAGGAAGCCUUAAUCGAAGCACUGCAGGGGGCAUUGGCCAGCAGCAAUAAGGAUGUGGAGGCCCUUGCAAAUUCCUUCAGCAGCUCAGACUUUGCUCCAGGACUGUUCCAGCGACUCCAGGAGAAGGAAGACUUGUUAGCCCAGGCGUUGGCUGAGCAGGAACGGAUCAGAGCCCAGUGGCAGAGUCACCUGCGGGUGAUGGAAGAGGCAGCUGCCACCAGGGAAAAGGAGCUACAGGAACAGUUGUGUCAACGUUCUCUGGAUGCCCAAGAACGGGCACGGGAGACUGAAAAACUACGCAGACGCCUGGCAGAGUUAGAGGCAGAACUUGCCAAGGGGGCUGCAGCCCUAGAAGAGUGUCAGUCAGAAGUGGCUCGACUUCACAGGAUGGGGGAUGAGAAGGAUCGUGUCCUGGAGGAAGUUCUGCGGGAGGCAGAAAAGAAGGACCAGAUGCUACAGAAACUGCAGGGGUGCUUGUUGGAUGGCAGACACGCGCUAGGGAUGAAACGGAUGCCGGAUGGGGGAGGCAAUUCUCUUCCCCCUGCCAUCUGACCUCAAGACCUCCCGAAACCUAUAGAUGCUGGAAAGAAGGAAGGGAUGGCUAUAACCGAGGGAGUUGUCUUUUGUUUCAGAGACUGGGGAUACCGCAGUGGGGGAGAGAGCGUCAGACUGGUUCCACUGGUGGGCAGCAGCACUUCACUGAAGCACGAAUGUGGAUUGUGGGUUCAUGGCAAGGGGUGGAGGGGUGGGGCACCCCUCACCUAUCGCAGAGGCUGUAGGCAAACAAGUUGUAACCUCAAAACUCAAACCCUGUUCCUUCAGAAUGCAUUGCCUGAAAUUAAAAAAAAAGUGCUCUAACAAAUGCAUUGCCAAAAGUUAGGAAAAAAUGUAAUUAGGUACGGAGUACAAGCCGCUGUAGCUGCAUUGUUGAGUGCCUCCUUCAAAGGGGGGGAGAGCUUGUGGAAAUGA